AUGGCGGGAGGCAACGCUGAGAAGGGACAGCGAUACAUCGCGACCUUGGACCAGGCGCGGGCCCAAGGCAAAUGGGAUGAAGUACCUGAAUUGAUCCGAAAAGUGACGAAACACGCACCGCAUCGUACUUGUGUGAUUCAGACUGCGACGGCCGAAUCUCGAGUCGUAUCCUACCUUCAGCAAAAGACAUCCUCCGAGAGUGCAUCGACGCCUAACCUCCCCGAGCUGAUUCCGGCGCUGUUGACUACCAUUGAGAACAAUGACGGAACCCCGGAAGAGAUCGUCCAGGCGCAGGUCUGUCUAGGAUGGAUCCAUUGGGCCUUGAGCGAGCCAGCGCUGGCUGCAGGACGCCUGCCAAAGGACUUCGCAACAACGGUGGAAGAAUUGACCGCCGGAGGACAGACCCCAUCCGCGUGGACGGAGGUCUGCCUAGUGAAAGGAUGCUACAUUAAGGGGGCUGCUCAAGCUGCAGUUACUGAAAUUGAUGAGACGCUGGAGACUUUUGCUUCCUUGAUACCCUGGUUAGGCAGUGGGAAGUUGGGCUCGACCAAUGCGCAGUUCCUAAGCUGGACCGAGACUUUACUUUGUAAAGGUGCCAUCAUGGCCAGCGAGGAGGCGCACAAUAGCUCCCCGUACUCUGACCCCAGACAUGUGGAGAUUGCGCUUCGACUAUUUCGGCUUUGGGCUUCUCUCCCCGCGGUGAAGCAAGGGUUGGCUGCUCCCAAACCUUCCCACCUAGAUGCAUCCCCCUCGCUUUCCCGCACCGCCAUAUGGAAGGCCUAUUAUGGAUUCCUCACAACUGUGCUACAGGAAGGACUGGUCUACACUGCUCCUCAUAAUGGGCCAGAGCGGCCCCAAUUAGCCAGUGAACUACGUCGCAUAGAAUCAAUCUGUGAGAACAACCUUCUUCGGGAGGUCAAAUUCCCGACUGCCAGCUCCAGCAACUCUGAAGUUGAAGAAUGGGUGGAGCAAGUCAUCAGCAACUGGGAGGUCCUCUGUGGACCCCACUGGCAAGAUCAAGACCUGGGCGAAGGGGGACAGAAUGCCGUGGGACGCAACGUUUUGGAUAUCCUGUAUCGUGCGGCAACUAAAACUUAUCAUUCCCACCUCAUUUUGCGGCGCCUGUUUCAUGUUCAUUCCGCCUUGGCGGACUUUGACCUUGCUUUUCAGGCCCUGGACUCCUAUAUCGAGAUUGUUACUGGUGCCAAAAAGAGAGCUGAAAAGGGUGCUGAGUAUGGUGAACUCGAGAAAGAUGAAAUUUUCCUACAAACUCUUUCCGAAGGUGUCACUUUGUUGAGCUGCCUCGGCUCGUUCGACGAGGCAGAAAAGGCCAAGGAUUUGACCGAAUUGAUCAGAAAGCGUCUCGAGAAGCAGGGGGCAACUAUGUCAGAUGGGAAGGUCAUUGGAAAACUGCUACUCACGCAAGGUCCAGACUCUACCAAUUCAUCUGAAAUCCCCCCGGCUGUUUUGGCCACUGCUUACAGGGCAGUCGGUGUCGGACUUGCGAAUUGGGCAAGCUUCACGCCUCAAAAUGAAGCACGCGAUGAGAUUCGCGGAGAAGCGGUGGAUUACCUCUUGAAGAGUGCAUCUCCCUCACUGGGCAAGCAAAUGAGCUACUCAACUCUUUACACGUUGUCUCUUGUUCUUGCAGAGAACCGUGACUUAGACACUGCAAUUGACUAUGUCAAAUCUGCAUUGACUUCUCAUGGCUGCUCAGAUUCGUCUGAAGAUCUUUCCAGGGAAAGGGAUCUCGUCCCCAUGUGGCACUUGCUCGCUCUGCUGCUGAGUGCGAAGAAUGAGUUCGAUAUCGCCGAACGGUCUUGCGAAGCAGCCUUUGAGCAAUUCCCUCCGGAGGUGUUUGGCAAGAGUCACCUCGACAAGCGAUCAGAGAAACGUUCAUCGCGACAUUCUUCGCACUCCAAGGAACGGGAACCCGUAUCCAAGCGCUCUCUCGUGAGCCGAUUGCAGGGCCGGGAGAAGGAGCGUAUACUUCAAACUCGCAUCACACAACUUGCGUUCGUUGAAGUGAUGGAGGGCCCCGAGGCAGCUGUCAACCAGAGUGGGCAAUUGCUGAGCCUUUUCGCCACACUUUUCAGUGAUCUCAAUCUUGAUAGCGAAGGCACGAAACCCAAGACCGAGCAUUUGGUACCACCCAAGAGCUCCGCUGGCACAACUCGAAGCUUCCGCGGCAGCAUAUUCAGCCGUAGUCGAGCCUCUCAUCCACCAGACCGAGGCUCUGUUCCUGCGGUACCGCCCCUCCCAAAUGGCAACCUAGGCGGAGUGGAAGCACCGGCCAUCCAGAUUACGGAUGAAGACCGACAAGGUCGUCAAAGUCCAACAUCACUCGGAAGGUCCGACUCGAAAAGGCUGAAGAAGCGUAGCGACAGCUUCCAUAAGAAUGAAAGGCCUCGAGUUGAGGAGCCUCCCUUGCUUAACGGGACAGAGUCCCCGGAAACGGUGGGGAUUGCAGUUUCUGGAAACUCAUCUCCCCAGGCGGCAGCUCAUACGCCAAGUGGUAGACAACCAUUGCAGCCGAUCCCGCAUAAUAUCCCUCACAGACAGCAACCACCACCAGCUGGCCACGAACACAACCCACCUGUGCAAGACACCCGACUCCCACCCCCGCAUCGAUUCGAUUCUCCCACGCUUGCCACUACGAAGUUCUCAUAUGCCCAAUCUCAGAAGCACGCUCUUGGUCUACUCGUUAAGAUCUGGCUUAUCAUCGCCGGUCUGUACCGCCGAGCGUCAUUGUUCGACGACGCUCGAGAGGCCUGCCAGGAAGCCUGGAAGCAAACCUCGCGCGUGGAAACACUGGCUGCCUCUUUUGAGUCCUCGGCUCGGGCUUUCAGUAAGCGUAGCUGGGAUAACACCAAGAGCUCGGAAGAGCUGUGGGCCGAUGUUCAUGCCGAACAAGGUCUGUUGGCACAGAGUCAGUCAAGCCCUCAUCAGGCCAUGAAGCAUUUCGAGGAUGCCCUUCUUCGCUAUCCUGAUCAUCCUAUCGCAACGAUUGCACUGGCGAAUCUACUUCUAGAUGUCUGGGACCAGAAGCUGCCGUUGGAACCCUCGAAUGCCGACGUUGAUCUCAACGUAUCUCGAUUGUCACUAUUGUCCACUCUCCCCAAGCCAAAGGUAGCAAAUGCCAUUUCCAUUGAUGAGUUGAAGGGUCCUGACGUUGAGACUCCGCCUACGGCCGAAACUUCCUCAUCCCCGCAUGAAGUUGAUCCCAAGCACCUGCACCGCUUGGCAGCACGAGAUCGCGCAUACGGUCUGCUCUCGUCGCUGACCAAGCUUGGCAGUUCAUGGGACAACUCGGAUGCUUGGUAUGCCUUAUCGCGAGCUUACGAGGCUGGCGAUCAGGUCGAUAAACUGAAGGACGUUCUGUGGUGGUGCAUUGAACUUGAGGACCGCCGGCCCAUUCGGCACUGGUCCAAUAUUGGCUCCGGGUUGUAUGUUCUUUGA